UUUGGUUGCAUGCAAAAAACAAAACAAAAAAAAAAAAAAAAACUGGCUCGGUUCCGUUCCCCCAAGUCUUCAGAUCACUGCGCAUGUGUCAGUGAACACGAGGUAGUCAACUCGCAUUAUCGGUGGGUGUUACUAAUGUAGUGUAAUGUAUAUUUAGUGAGAUUAUAUGGACCUGGAUAUCUUAUAGUAGGUUAUGUGUUGAAGUAUUUGUUAAAUGACUUCCAUCUGGCCACGUAGUGACGGCAUUUCCGCCUUGGUUUUCGACCGUUGCUCUUAGUGGAAUAGUCCAGUAUUUGAAUAGGGAUAAGUAAAUGUCCACUAUGUGGUUACGAGCUAAAAUAAAGAAAAUAAGUGAUUAUAGCACAUUUUAUUAACAUUCCCCCACUAUCGAAAUAGUGCUAAAGAUGUCCUCUAAAAGUUAUUUUUGAGGAACGGUAUCACCCACGUAAUGGUAUCGUCCAGAGGCUAUAUAUAUACUCCUCCUAGCACAGCUCAUCCGGUGCACAGUAUGUGUGUGUGCGCAGCUUCGGUUGCUAAGGAACCACUGAACGAAGGUUGAAUGAAGAUGAUACACAGUCUAAUCAAAUGAGGUGUUGAGCGGACACGGCAUAAAUCAUGCCAGGUGUCUGACAAAACAUCUCUGCACGUCUGUUCCUGGGUCAGCGCUACCAUUAUGGUGACACUUAUCACAGAGCAGCUCCGAAAGCAAAGUUUGGAAGAACCUUAUCACAAGGCUUUCAAUGUCAAUGUGACACUACCUGCUUUAGGCUCAAGCCCCACAAUCUCCUGGAGUGCAUGCAAAUCCACGCAAGAAAGUAGCAUUGCUACACAGCCAUUAUUAAAAGCCAAACCUCUGGAUGCAUCAUGUGCACUGGAUUCCACGUUGCCUUACCUAGUGGCAAAACCUCACCAUGGACCUGAGGCUUCCAUCACUUUACAGAGCUCCCCUCCACCACCCCCUCCAAAACGCCACUGCCGCUCCCUCUCUGUUCCGGAGGACCUUUCUCAAUGCCGCUCCACAUGGCAUCCAAGCGCAUCCAAAGUUUGGACCCCAGUAAAACGUGCCAGUCAAAGUAUAGGAACGUCUCAAUUAGGCUUAGUUGCCAGCUCGUUGCCUCCUUGUGGCCCUAGGACCUUCUAUAAGUCGUCCUCCCUACAUUCCUCCUCGAGUCCUCCUUUCUUUAGCUUAGCAUUAUCUGCUGACUCUCCACUGUCAUGGAACUUUCCAUGGGACCCACGUGACUCACCCAAAACGGCCUGCUCUUCAUUUGCCACCCCAUCCUCCUGCUCCUCAUCGCCAACUCCUCUCGUUGGUCCCUCAGUACUACACCGCCGCUACUCGUUAUCGCCUUUGCAAGUUCUGAACACGUCCGUGCUCUCCCACCAUCCUCAGCUAGCCCACACUUGUGCUCUGACACAUGGCUAUUCCAGUAUGGAGUGCCCAGCUUUGUCUCCUUCUCCUACUUCAGCCUGCAGCACCCCAUCCUCCUCGCGACGCGGCCUACAUCGGGCACUACCCCGGUGCCACUCGCAGCCCUGUGACAUGCGCAAACCUCGUUUGAAAAGGCGCCAUGACCCAGAUGUGUUACCUGGCCCGAGGCCAGGCCUUAACUUCAGCAAGAUGACACAAAUUGGCAAUGGAGAAGCCCUAUUUUCAGGUUGCAUGACUCCGGUGCAUUCCCAAAUAGAGCAGAACUCUGCGCCGUCUCCUGUGGAGUUCCUUGGUCGAGUCAGCAUCAGACCGCGGAGUGAAAGUGAAGAGGAGGACGAAGAUGAUAAAAUGAAAAGAACCGUGACGCCUGAGGCCCAUUUGCUUUUUGAAAGAGACUGCACAGAACUGGACUUGAACCUCAUUGAAGAAAACUGAUAAUGGAGGAAAACUG